AUGCUGCGGGGCGAGGCGCAGGACGUGCCCGGCGGCGGGGACAGUAGCGUCGAAAGCCAGCAGCCGGGCUGUGCCAAGAGCUAUAUCAAGUCCUCGCACCUGAAGGCGCACCAGCGGACGCACACGGGCGAGCGACCGUACCCGUGCGCGUGGCAGGGGUGCGGCUGGCGGUUCGCCCGCUCCGACGAGCUGACGCGUCACUUCCGACGGCACACGGGACACCGGCCGUUCGCGUGCCGCCUGUGCGAGCGGGCAUUCGCCAGGUCCGACCACCUGAGCCUGCACAUGCGGAGGCACCUGCUGGCCUGA